UUCUUCUCCUCUCUCUCUCUGCAACAAAUACAAUAAAGAAAAGCAAAACACACAGAAAAUAUGAGAAACCGCACCGUAUGGGCAUGGGGAGUCGCACUUCUAUGCUUCAUUAUACUCAUGAUCGUCACUCCAGCAAUCCCUCAAUCUCAAGAAUAUCACGAUUUUGCUGAUCAACGCCAAUUUUUAGGAAUACCCAAUGCAUUGAAUGUGGUUUCGAAUUUUCCUUUUCUUGUUAUUGGUGUGGUUGGAUUUGUGCUCUGUUAUUAUGGGAAUUACUUUAAGCUGAGUUUGCAAGGUGAGCUUUGGGGUUGGACUUGUUUUUACGUUGGUGUGGCUGCUGUUGCUUUUGGUUCCGGAUACUACCAUCUCAAGCCUGAUGAUGCUCGUCUUGUGUGGGAUCGGUUGCCAAUGACUGUUGCAUUCACGUCAAUAAUUGCAAUUUUUAUCAUUGAAAGGAUUGAUGAGAGGAGGGGAACAAUUUCCAUAAUACCUUUAGUUUUGGCUGGCAUAGUAAGCAUUGCAUAUUGGAGGUUUUUCGAUGACCUCCGCCCGUAUGCUGUCGUCCAGUUUGUCCCUUGCAUUGCCAUCCCACUGAUGGCUAUCCUGUUACCUCCAAUGUAUACACAUUCUUCAUUCUGGCUUUGGGCUGCAGGAUUUUAUCUUUUAGCCAAGGUGGAAGAAGCAGCAGAUAAACCAAUUUACAGAUGGACUCAUCAUGUUGUUAGUGGGCACACUGUCAAACAUUUAUGUGCCGCAAUGGUUCCUGUUUUCUUGACGCUUAUGCUUGCAAAGAGGAGCAUUGAAACAGAGAGGACAAGUCUAUACAGAAAAUGGAAGAUUUCAUGGACAGUGAGCAAAGAAAAUGGUGCAAAAGUGGAAAGUGUUGACUGUACUUACACAAGUGUACCUACUGGGGAAUAACUCUAAUCUCUAUAUAGACAUUAAUCUCAGUGUAAUUGUACACAGUACACCUGUAAGCAGAUCAUAAUCAGAAGGUGAACGCUAACGCAGUUAUCAAAUCCUCGACCAACUUACAUGAAUACAACAUCACAGUAAUACAAGUUAUAGAAAGCUGUAAUUUUCAAUUGAGUGAAAUCAGUUGCAAGUUUUCAUGUUGGUUGUAAAAA